AUGGACACCCAAAAGGACAUUCAACCCCCAAAGCGGCAGCCAAUGAUACAUAUCUGCAGAGAAUGUCACCCAGAAAAUGAAAUAAAAUCCAGGGAUCCAAUCAGAUGCAGAGAAUGUGGAUACAGAAUAAUGUACAAGAAAAGGACUAAAAGAUUGGUGGUUUUUGAUGCUCAAUGAAACAUGGAAUUCAGAGGAUUAUCUUCAUUUGUACUUGGAUUUGCUGUUAAUGUUGUAUAGCUUUUGAU